AGGCAAUAGAAAGAGAGGAGGAGAGAUGAGAAGCGCUGCUGCAGAACACACCUCAUCUCCUCUUUAGCUGGAGGGAUAGAGGGAGAAAAAGAUUCAGCCUGUGCCAAUGUUCUACUCAGCACCACCAAAAGAGAGGAAGAGCCAGGGAAGUGUUAUUUCAUGAAUCUAAAAGGAUAAAUAACCAAGAGAGUGAGAGAGAAAGAGAAAGAGAAGAAAAAGCUCACUGGAAUGUGAAGAAUUUCCAAAGAAAAGACUGACAACAAAUGGAGAACGGAGAAACGGCUGAGAGAGAUGUAGUCAAUGCCUCUGUUGCGUCACAUUGUCUUUUGUGUGUGUUUAGUGGUGUGUUUGUGCCCAUUGUUUUGGGCUCCCUACCCCCAGCAUUGCCAUGGCAUGUCUCCUGCCCGAUGAGGUGUGUGUGUCAGAUCAAGCCAUGGUUCUCCCCUGAUUCUGUAUACCAUGAAGCUCCCACAGUGGACUGCAGUGACCUGCUACUGACCAAACUACCCUUGCCCAUACCCCCAAACACACACACCUUACGUCUGCAGAGGAACCUAAUGUCAGUCCUGGACACUGCACUGCUACAUGGACUCCACAACCUCACCGACCUGGACCUUUCGCAGAACCGUUUUAGUAGUGUCAGAACCAUUACUCAGAGCUACACCCUGUCUUCUCUGCUUUCCCUACACUUGGAGGAAAACCAUCUCAGUCACCUCCCUGAGGCCUCAUUCUCCUCACUUCCAGCUUUGCAAGAACUUUUUCUCAGCCACAAUAACAUCCACUCGAUUGCACCUGGGGCCUUUGGUGGUCUAGACUCUCUUCUCCGUUUACAUAUCAACAACAACAGACUCAAUACUGUUGACCCUCGGUGGUUCAGGUCUUUGCCUCGCUUAGAGGUUCUCAUGCUUGGAGGAAACCCUGUGGAAUCCCUGCCUGAGAGGGGUUUUGUGGCCCUAAAAUCCCUCCGGAGCCUUGUGCUUGGUGGAAUGGGCCUAAGAGGUGUCGCUGAAAAGGCUCUGGAGGGUCUCGAGGGCCUGGAAAGUCUCUCCUUUUAUGACAACCUUUUGUCCAAGGUCCCAUCUCAAGCCCUGAGGAGAGUCCCAGGACUGAAGUUUCUGGAUCUCAAUAAGAACCACAUCAAACUGGUUGACACAGGAGACUUCCAAAAUAUGGCCCACUUAAAAGAGCUUGGUUUGAACAAUAUGGAGGAGCUUGUGUCCAUUGAGAAAUCUGGCCUGGAGAACCUCCCGGAACUCACCAAGCUGGAGAUCACCAACAACCCCCGUUUGUCAUACAUUCAUCCUCAAGCUUUCGUCCAGCUUAGCAGGCUAGAAAGUCUAAUGCUUAACUCAAACUCUUUGAGCACUCUGCACCAAAAUAUCAUGCUCUCCCUGCCGAGUCUUCAAGAGGUCAGCUUACACUCAAACCCACUGCGAUGUGACUGCCUUUUUCACUGGGCUGCCAAGGAUAAAUCUCAUCCUUACAUUGAUAAGGUGAUGGGAAAAGAUGUACAAACAGCCCGGUUGGUGCGUUUCAUCCAGCCACAGGCAACAUUGUGUUCUGAGCCUCCAGAACUGAGAGCACGCAGGGUUAGAGAGGUAUCCACAGGCGAAAUGUCUGCCUCUUGCCUGCCAAGUAUUCCUGUUAGCUCCCUUCCUUCCUAUGUAGGGGUUCAAGAAGGAGGGAAACUGGUUUUGCACUGUAGAGCACUUGCAGAUCCACAGCCUGAACUGUACUGGGUGACUCCCUCUGGCCUGAAGCUUGGACCAUCCCAAAGCCAAUCGUCCAAAAGUUCAUCUGCCCCUGCUCUCUGCAAGAAUGUUACAACUUCUGAAGCAUCCCGUCACACAUCUUUUUCCAGUGUCCAUGUCCAGCAUGCUAAAAACCAUACUUCUUGCCACUCUUUGAAAAACUACCAGCUUCUGCCAGAGGGAACUCUGGAGAUCAGCAAGAUCACCCCCAGAGAUGCAGGGCUGUAUACUUGUGUGGCUGAGAAUGUACUUGGAGCAGAUACACGCAGUGUUACUGUGGGAGUGCAUAGCAGGGGAAAAUAUAGAAAGAAGGGGGUGGCAACAAAACAGAAGAAAUUUCAAGCAAUCAGAAUAGAUGCCAGGUUGGAGUUGCAAGAGGUUGGAGAACACUAUGCUAUCUUGUCUUGGCAGAGCAGACACAACCUCCCCUCAACCCGCCUGUCUUGGCAGGCAUUAUACCCAAACACUCACGCACCAACGUACACCACUCACAUCCUUGCCGGCACGCAGAGCUUCAACCUGACUCACCUGCAGGGGGAGACAUUUUACAGAGUGUGUCUGCAUCUGGGGAUCAGCCAGGGUGCCAAGCACAUAAAUCGAAGAUCAAGAGACAGCAGAAAGCCUCAGUGCAUCUCAUUUAGGACAAAGGAUGACCAGGAGUUCCAGCCUACCCUGCAGCUCAACCCACAGAUGACCUCCACGGCUGUCACACUACUGCUCCUUGCACUUAUAUUGCUGCUGGCAGCCCAGGGCUGGGACACCGAGCCCCGUGAGGGAGAAGUAAAACACCACAACACCCUCCAAUACGACAUAAAGGGUCCUCAGACUGUGAUCAUCAAUCAAAAGACAAAAAUAAAUUACAAUAAUCAGCCAAAUCAGAGUGAAAAACUGGUACUACAUCAGAUCUGCUGA